AUGACUGAACGAAGCAUUAGGGAAUUUUGGCUCCGCGACGCACGACGCAUCCGAGAACACGAGCUUCAGUUACGUAAUGGUUCUUAUCUUCACGAGGGUAUAGUCGAGGAGUUCAGCGCGGAGUACAACGAAUGGAUCAACUUCUGUGUUGACGGGUUCGACGCGCAGGAAGCGCGCGUCGUCUGUCGAAAUAUUGGGUUCCCGGAUGCCGCUUUUGCACUCGACACCGAUACAGUGUUCGGAUCGGAUACCCAGUCGUACUACGCAGUGUCUCUUGACUGCGAAGGAACCGAGUCCCGGCUUGUAGACUGUAGUUACCAAGACCUGCCCGAUUGCGUCGUGGGAUUUGGAGCUGCUGUCAUCUGCCAGAAGCCGGACUAUGUCGGGUGUUUCCACAAACCGAACUCCAGCAUCCUUCAUACACACUCCAUCUUCUCUAGAACCAUGACUGUCGAUGCCUGCCUCCGAAACUGUCGCGACGGCGGAUUCCCUUUCGCCUGGACGUUCGAUUCCAUGCACUGUGGGUGCGGCAAGUACAACGACUUAGCGACCUUCAUUCAAAGCGACGCCGUGUGCUCCUGCCCGUGUGGGGGCGCUAUAUAUGAAACUUGUGGUGGACCAACCUGCUCACAAGGAACGAGCGAUAUGAUUUCUGUCUACAACACGCAGAAGGGAUUUUGCCUCGAUCCUGGGCGCCCUCGAAAUGGACGCAGAGCCGGAAACUGGUUUCGAUACGGGUCGAAGGUCACUUUUGAAUGUCAAGAAGGUCAUCGUCUUCGAGGUCAUGAAACCUUGCAGUGUAUGCAAGCAGUCAGGGGCGGCGAAGUCACGUGGUCGCAAUCUACGCCAUCUUGCCAAGCGGUUAAAACAAAAAAAGUUGAAGUUGAGGAAACAACCGUCUCGACAAUCGACGCCACCAAUUCCUCUUCGACAAUCGACCCAACAAGUGGAACAGCGCCACCAACGAGGGAUAUUCUCAAACUUAACACUCUUUCAGGUGAGAUGAUAGGCGUCAUCGCUGCUAUUCCUGCCACGGUCCUUCUCGUAACCUCCGUAAUCGUCGUCGCCGUCAUAAGAAAACAGAGGAAACGCGCUACGAACCCUAUGAUAGAGGCUAUACGGUGCGACUUGCUGCUGAAAGAAGGCCCGCCCAAACCGGAAAGCCCUCCUGCGUGCUCCAAUAAGCCUCGAAAACUUCUGCCAGGAUCUGGAUCCUUCACGCUUCCGAUCCGGACGCAUUCCAGCAACUCGAGCGACUACUAUGCUUCCAUCGAUCUCUACAACAGCGACGCCGAUUACGAGAACAUCGCCCGUAAGAAGAUCACUGCUCAGUCCGGGAAAGAGGUGUUUGUCCCGCUGUAUGGUUCAAGAGUCGUUCAUCACGCGAAGAGUGGCAUUGUGAGAACUUUAAACGGACCGGUCCCAGUGGCGAAUCUGUUGCAUUAUCAUUCGCAGCAUCGGAUUGGCGAGCCCUUGAGACGGGACACUUACGAGGACACGACCAUAAUGGUGGACAAUGAUCUGUAUGCAUCAAGGGAUGAGUUCCCUUCGGAUUCCGCAGAGCAACCUGAACCACCUGCCAGGACAAAACACUUGAUGAAUUCUGCAGCGGAAAGGAUAGUCGAAGGCGCAGAGGAAAGUGACUACACAGAGGCAGAAUUCCUGCCCGAAGAAGCAGCCCAAGGUUGAUGUUCGCAGGAUGAUCGGGCCUGAUGGCAACCUUAUGCGAGAUGCCACUAGGCCAAUAAAUAUAUCGUGAAGUAUUGCAUAAGAUCUUCAGACCUUGCGGAUAUACUCUGGACUUGAUCUGCAGGGCACGGUCAAUACAGACGCCAACGUGUGUCGACUGGUAAAGUGUUGAGAUGCUCUCGUCACGAUCACAUAAUCUGUAGAAAUUUAAUGAGAAAAUUAGCAAAGUGUGAAGACGGGACUGGCUGACUAGGUUGGAAGGUGGUGGAUUCAUCAUUAUUUGAAUUGGUUUAAAGAAAUAGAUGAUGGUUAUUUACGAAAGUAAUGACAUAUAGCUUGUUCCUGAAGAGAAGGAAGACGUAACAAAUGAUGGGAAUAUGAAUUGUGGCAAUCUAUGAGCAAAUGAUUUCCUCAUGAAGUAAGAAUAUUUUUCUAACAAUUUCGUAUUAGUUAUUACAAAAUAAAAUUUUCGUAAAAAUACCCAUCCGCCCACUAAUAUUGACCUCACAAAAUGACAGUGAUCGAAAACUCAUCUGUCUUGUCUUGAGUCCUGUUUCAAACCUUGAGUAAUUUUACAACUCUACAUGUUUUACAACUCUAUGAGUGCUCGGGAUGAUUUGAGCUCACUGUAAGCCAUGGAUAGGAUGCUAAUUCCCAGUUCGGUAUAAUCAUGUCGCCACACCUUUUAAACUUAAAAACAAUCGUUGACGCUGUGAGCUGCCCAAGUGAAGUUGACACUUCCAGAAAGUGAAUAUCCCAAAGAAGAUGCUACCAGGGAUACACAAGGAUGGGAAUUAACAAAGUGGGAAUAUUUUUUAAAGAAAAAGGAUGUUUUUUUGUUAACAAGGUUGAUAUUCUCUCCUCAUGAUCAACCAUAUAACAAAUACACUAAAACGCUACCUGGAAUGUCGCUAGUUGUUUACUACCCCCCUUUUUUAUUUUUAUUUUUUAUUUUAACCCUAAUAUUCCCAGGGUAUUUCGAGUCUUGUCAGUACCCGGUAGGGGGGAUGGUCUCAGUUGCGACAAAUAGCACAAUGGUAGAAAAUGCCAUCAACUACGUGACUGCAUUGAAGUGUCUUUAAAUAUGUAUAAUAUAUUAUAUAUGAAUUAAUUAUCCCAGCUUCUUAAAAUCAUACAUUUUACUCUAAUUUUCCUUUUUAUUUCCAUCAUGUUUGACAAAAAUUCUUUGGAAACAUCAAAGUAUUAUUCCUCUGAUUAAAGCAAAAAAAAAUCACUAAUGUAUGGAUUUUUGCUGAAAGCACAUUUUUUUAUUACUCUGUACAUAAAAUCUCGCUCUUGGACCAAUUUGUGGGUAGUACACGCACUUACAUAAUAAAGUUUAUCUCAAAAGUUGUGUGACACUUGAAAAGGAAACUACCCUGAAACAAACCGGUGAUACAACCACGAGUAUACAUGGUAGAGUCAUUUUCUAUUGAUUAAUAUAAUAAAUUUACAUAACGCAGCAGCAGUCAAGUUUAUCGGGGUUUUUUCAUUUGUAAAAGUUGGACGAUUAAAUUCAAUCAAAUUCUUAUUGA